AUGUCAUAUCGUCAAAGAGGAAGGUCAUAUCGUCAAAGAGGGAAUAAUCGUCAACUAAGUUACUCCAGACAAAGGACUAACCAUCCCAAACCUGAACCAUUGCCUGCAUGGGAGAAAACAUUCUGCAUCGAAGUUGGUGCAAUGCCAUGGGAAAGAUUUGUUAAAGCAAAGAAAAAUUUGCAUGAACAUGACAGAGUGUUCGAGUGGGAUGAUUCUGCUGGUUUAAUAGCUUUCCAGGAAGCAAAACAAAGAUUCUGGGAAAUUUAUCAUGGUUAUCCUUGUGAAAAUAAGUUGCCAAGUAAUGCAGCAGAUUUGUAUAUCGACGAUGUUGACUGGAAUUCUGAAAUUGAUCCAGAACUUUAUGCUGAAAUAAAGUCACUUACUGAUGAUGAGGAUGGAGAGAAAGACAACGCUAAGGAAAUGGAUUGGUUUUCAAUUCCUUUGGAGGAAAUUCAAGCCACUGGAUGGGAUGAAUAUGAAGAACCAACACCCCGCUUGCCUAGCAUAGUUGGAUCACCAUAG